UGUUAUUAAACGUCAAAAAGUUCGUUAUGAUACGUUUUCAAAAUAGUUAGCUUUUGUAGUGUUAGAAAAAGUGCAGAUUACAUUUUAUAGUGCUACAUGGCUAGUGUUUCUAUGUGUGAAUAUUAGAUUAAUUCAAAAUGGUUCGUUACAGCGCAUUAAAGGGGUUAUACGAGUUUGAAAAAACGAUAGGAUGUGGUGGUUUUGCAAAAGUAAAAUUAGCAACACAUUUGGCCACUGGUGAAAAAGUGGCAAUAAAAAUAAUGAGCAAGAGUGCCCUAGGAAAAGAUUUACCUAGAGUAAAGUUAGAAUUAAGAGCCCUUAAGUCAUUAUCACAUCGUCAUAUAUGCCAGUUGUACCAGGUGAUCGAGACUGAGACACAUUUCUUUAUUAUUCUGGAAUAUUGCUCAGGUGGCGAAUUGUUUGAUCAUAUAGUAGAGAAGAACAGACUCAGUGAAUCUGAGAGUCGAAUUUUCUUCAGACAGAUUGUUUCUGCAGUUGCUUAUUUGCACAAUUUGGGCUAUGCACAUCGAGAUCUAAAACCUGAAAAUGUUCUUUUGGACCAUGAACAGUGUUUGAAAUUGAUCGAUUUUGGUCUAUGUGCAAAACCUGAUGGAGGGAUGAAAAGUCUAUUGUUUACCUCAUGUGGUUCCCCAACAUAUGCAGCACCAGAGCUGGUCCUGGGGAAACAGUAUCUUGGACCUGAAGUAGAUGUCUGGGCAAUGGGGGUGCUCCUUUAUGCCCUUUUAUGUGGUUAUUUGCCCUUUGACGACCAUAAUAUCGAUAGUUUGUACAAAAAGAUUUUGAGCGGAAGAUAUGAAGAGCCGUCAUUCAUGACGGACGCGAGUAAAAGAUUGAUAAGGCAGAUGCUCCAAACAGACCCUAAAAAGAGGAUAACUGUUGCUGAAUUGCUUACACAUCCUUGGAUCACAAAUAAUUCCAAUCCUAUAAGUCCUUAUUCAGGACUGGUUAAAAAACAGGACGAUGAUUGUAUUGCCCUAAUGGCUCAGUGUCACAGAGUUAUGCCGGACGAAAUGUGGAAAUAUUUAAGAAAAUGGAAGUAUGAUUACAACACGGCUACUUAUUUACUCCUCCUCGGGAGGAAGAGACGGGGGCUGCCUUUAAAGUUGAACACUGCAGCUCUUAAAGUUCCCAUCAAUAUUAAACAUAUUCCUCCUCCUCCACAAAUGAACAGUGAGAGCAAUAAGAAAAAUAUCUCAAAAGAAAAUAAAGGAAAGGAGAAAGUGAUACCCACAAUACUUGAGGGUAAAUUACAUAAAGACGAGAAGCACAGUGAUAAAAACAACGGUACGGUUUCAAAUACUGAUGAAAUGGUAUUGGUAAAAGUUGAUAGUGGUAUUUCAUCCCCUGGUUUUAUUGAACCCCAAAGAGCUAUAUGUAUUCGUAAACCUCUGAAGCGCAUUAGGAGUCCUAACUUGGAAGGGGAAUGCUCUCCAGUGCCUACAAAACGUGCAACUCCCUGCAAAGUUGUUGUUAACACCCCUGAAAGUCGCAAAACUCCGUCUACAGCGACCGAAACCCCAGGUUCGGCCCGUCGUAUGCUGGGCUCCAUCGAAAGGUCCUUGCAUAAAGUACGACAUGCUUUGACACCCAAAAAGCCCUCUGAUACCAGUCCAGUUGUUUUGGCUGCUAAGGAUUUGUGUAAUGUAUCGACCACACAGUGUAAUGAUCCCGAAUUUGUGAUAAGCGAGUUGCUGAAAGCCUUGCACGAGAAGGGAAUUAUGUGUGAACGCAAAGGGUUUCGUCUUCGCGGAAAAAUGGAACCAAGUCUCGAAAACUACUUUGGUGGCUGUUCUUUCGAAUUGGAGAUUUGUUACGUUCCAACUUUGAUACCAUCGUUAAAAUUUGGCAAUGAUUUUUGUACACCCACAAAAUCGAUACUUAAAAAUGGUUUGUUUAAAUAUGAUGAGAAUCAUCCUACUACCACUAACAAUAAUAUUAAUAACAAUAAUAUUGGUAGUGGUGAUGGUGGUAGUAAAAUACCAAAAACGCCAAACGGUAAUGUCAAUAUGUAUAGUAACGCAGGUAACUUUAACGAACCCUUUGGUUCCCCCAUGUCAUCAAAGUCAUACAGGAUUGGCAUAAGAAGGAAACGACUCAAAGGAGAUUCUUGGUGUUAUAAAAAGGUAUGCGAAGAAAUUUUAGCCCUCACUGCAGCCGAUCUGAAGCAGUCUGUGCUAGAAUCGUUGGUUUGAAUUUCCUUCGUGGAAUUAAAAGACGAUUAUUGAUGAUUAAAGCAAAUACAAAAAUGAUUGAAAAAUUAUGUACCUGAUUUUGGCAUUCCAGAGAUUAGACUUAGAAAUCAUUUUACGAGUGACUUAAAGUCUACGAUUGCGCUUUAUCUAUAAAAUCAUUCAUCAAGAAGAAUUGCAAUAAAAUAAGGGAUCGACGUUCAGAAAGCACAACAUCCCCUCCCUGUAGUACACGUCACUCUCCCCUCUCAAAAAGGCUUUACCUACCAUACAUACGAAUGAAAUUUUAGAUUUGUAUUCCGGAUUAUUUUUUAAGUAUUAUACGCAGUAAAUUAUUAUAAUACUAAUUUGGAGGUCACCUCCCUUCUUCCCUCCUCAAGAAUAUAUUACGUGGCCUAUGGGCGAACCCUAAGUCAUACCGUAUACAGUUAUUUGGUUUUUAUUUCUUCAUCACAUAAAUUAAUUUCCUAAACGUAAUUAGUACAGUAUAUAAUACGAUCUCAGCGACUAAUAUUUGUUUUAUUUUUAUGGACGGACAGACUGUUAUUUUGAACUUAUUUCUUUACUUAAUUAAUUAAAAAAUAAAUACCUACACAUUAAUCGUUAUGCAAUUA